UCCCCUCGCCGAGCCGCCCCCUCCGCGGUUGCAGGGAGAGCUCGCCUAGCUCUGCGGACGCCGCCACCUUCGGAGCCUCUUCUUCCUGCUCCGGCGUGCGGGGGCCGUCCGGCGGCGGCGCUGCCCUGGGUGGGCGACGGGGCCAGCGCGGCGGCUGAACACUCGGCGCGGCGCAGCCAGGUCUCCAGCCUGUGCGGCGCCGUGACAGGUGCAGAGUCCCGGCUAAGGCUCCACCUGCGGCGAUCGCCGCGAUGCCCACCAUGCGGAGGACAGUGUCGGAAAUCCGCUCCCGCGCGGAGGGUUAUGAGAAGACUGAUGAUGUCUCAGAGAAGACUUCACUGGCUGACCAGGAGGAAGUACGGACUAUAUUCAUCAACCAGCCACAGCUGACAAAAUUCUGCAAUAAUCAUGUCAGCACUGCAAAAUACAACAUAAUCACAUUCCUUCCAAGAUUUCUCUACUCUCAGUUCAGAAGAGCUGCUAACUCAUUUUUUCUCUUUAUUGCACUGCUUCAGCAAAUACCUGAUGUAUCACCAACAGGUCGCUAUACAACACUGGUUCCUCUCUUAUUUAUUUUAGCUGUGGCAGCUAUCAAAGAGAUCAUAGAAGAUAUUAAACGACAUAAAGCUGAUAAUGCAGUGAAUAAGAAACAGACACAAGUUUUGAGAAAUGGUGCUUGGGAAAUUGUGCACUGGGAAAAGGUGGCAGUAGGGGAAAUAGUGAAAGUGACCAAUGGGGAACAUCUCCCAGCAGAUCUCAUCAGCCUGUCCUCAAGCGAGCCCCAGGCCAUGUGCUACAUUGAAACAUCCAACUUAGAUGGUGAAACAAACCUGAAAAUUAGGCAGGGCUUACCAGCAACAUCAGAUAUAAAAGACAUUGACAGUUUGAUGAGAAUUUCUGGCAGAAUCGAGUGUGAAAGUCCAAACAGACAUCUGUACGAUUUUGUUGGAAACAUAAGGCUUGAUGGACACAGCACUGUCCCCCUGGGAGCAGAUCAGAUUCUUCUUCGAGGCGCCCAGUUGAGAAAUACACAGUGGGUUCAUGGAAUAGUUGUCUACACUGGACAUGACACCAAGCUGAUGCAGAAUUCAACAAGUCCACCACUUAAACUCUCAAAUGUGGAACGGAUUACAAAUGUACAAAUUUUGAUUUUAUUUUGUAUCUUAAUUGCCAUGUCUCUUAUCUGUUCUGUGGGCUCAGCCAUUUGGAAUCGGAGGCAUUCUGGGAAGGACUGGUAUCUCAACCUAAACUAUGGUGGUGCUAAUAAUUUUGGACUGAAUUUCUUGACCUUCAUCAUCCUUUUCAACAAUCUCAUUCCUAUCAGCUUGUUGGUUACAUUAGAAGUGGUGAAAUUUACCCAGGCAUACUUCAUAAAUUGGGAUCUCGACAUGCACUAUGAACCCACAGACACUGCUGCUAUGGCUCGAACAUCUAAUCUGAACGAGGAACUUGGCCAGGUAAAAUACAUAUUUUCUGACAAAACUGGUACUCUGACCUGCAAUGUAAUGCAGUUUAAGAAGUGCACCAUAGCUGGAGUUGCUUAUGGGCAGAGCUCACAGUUCGGAGAUGAGAAAACAUUUAGUGAUUCGUCAUUGCUGGAAAACCUCCAAAAUAAUCAUCCAACUGCACCUAUAAUAUGUGAAUUUCUUACAAUGAUGGCAGUUUGUCACACAGCAGUACCAGAGCGAGAAGGCGAUAAGAUUAUUUAUCAAGCAGCAUCUCCAGAUGAGGGAGCAUUGGUCAGAGCAGCUAAGCAACUGAAUUUUGUUUUCACUGGAAGAACACCGGACUCAGUGAUUAUAGAUUCACUGGGGCAAGAAGAAAGAUAUGAAUUACUCAAUGUUCUGGAAUUCACCAGCGCGAGAAAAAGAAUGUCAGUGAUUGUUCGGACUCCGUCCGGGAAGUUACGACUUUACUGCAAAGGAGCUGACACUGUAAUAUAUGAUAGACUGGCAGAGACGUCAAAAUACAAAGAAAUUACCCUAAAACAUUUAGAGCAGUUUGCUACAGAAGGGUUAAGAACUUUAUGUUUCGCUGUGGCUGAGAUUUCGGAGAGCGACUUUGAGGAAUGGCGAGCAGUCUAUCAACGCGCAUCCACGUCUGUGCAGAACCGGCUGCUGAAGCUCGAAGAGAGUUAUGAGUUGAUUGAAAAGAAUCUUCAGCUACUUGGAGCUACAGCCAUUGAAGAUAAAUUACAAGAUCAAGUGCCUGAAACUAUAGAAACUCUCAUGAAAGCAGACAUCAAAAUCUGGAUCCUUACAGGGGACAAGCAAGAAACUGCCAUUAACAUUGGACACUCCUGCAAACUUUUGAGGAAGAACAUGGGAAUGAUUGUUAUAAAUGAAGGCUCUCUUGAUGCAACGAGGGAAACUCUUAGUCGCCACUGCACUACCCUUGGUGAUGCUCUUCGAAAAGAGAAUGAUUUUGCUCUUAUAAUUGAUGGGAAAACCCUCAAGUAUGCCUUAACUUUCGGAGUAAGACAGUAUUUCCUGGACUUAGCUUUGUCAUGCAAAGCUGUAAUUUGCUGCAGGGUUUCUCCUCUUCAAAAAUCUGAAGUUGUUGAGAUGGUUAAGAAACAAGUCAAAGUCAUAACGCUUGCAAUUGGUGAUGGAGCCAAUGAUGUCAGCAUGAUACAGACGGCGCAUGUUGGUGUCGGUAUAAGUGGCAAUGAAGGCCUUCAGGCAGCUAAUUCUUCCGAUUACUCCAUAGCUCAGUUCAAGUACUUGAAGAAUUUAUUGAUGGUGCAUGGUGCCUGGAACUAUAACAGAGUCUCCAAGUGCAUUUUGUACUGCUUCUACAAGAAUAUAGUCCUCUAUAUUAUUGAGAUCUGGUUUGCCUUUGUUAAUGGCUUUUCUGGACAGAUCCUCUUUGAGAGAUGGUGUAUAGGUCUUUAUAAUGUGAUGUUUACAGCAAUGCCUCCUUUAACUCUCGGAAUAUUUGAGAGAUCAUGCAGAAAAGAGAAUAUGUUGAAGUAUCCUGAAUUAUACAAAACAUCUCAGAAUGCCCUGGACUUCAACACCAAGGUUUUCUGGGUUCAUUGUUUAAAUGGCCUCUUCCACUCAGUUAUUCUGUUUUGGUUUCCACUAAAAGCCCUUCAGUAUGGUAAUGUAUUUGGAAAUGGGAAAACCUCUGAUUAUCUGCUGUUGGGAAACUUUGUUUACACGUUUGUGGUGAUCACCGUGUGUUUGAAAGCUGGAUUGGAAACCUCAUAUUGGACAUGGUUCAGCCACAUAGCGAUUUGGGGCAGCAUCGCACUCUGGGUGGUGUUUUUUGGCAUCUACUCAUCUCUGUGGCCCGCCGUUCCGAUGGCCCCCGAUAUGUCAGGAGAGGCUGCCAUGUUGUUUAGUUCUGGCAUCUUCUGGAUGGGCCUGUUAUUUAUCCCUGUGGCAUCUUUGCUUCUUGAUGUGGUGUACAAGGUUAUCAAGAGGACUGCUUUUAAAACAUUAGUAGAUGAAGUUCAGGAGCUGGAGGCAAAAUCUCAAGACCCAGGUGCAGUUGUGCUUGGAAAAAGCCUCACGGAGAGGGCGCAAUUGCUCAAGAACGUCUUUAAGAAGAACCACGUGAACUUGUACCGGUCUGAAUCGUUGCAACAAAACCUGCUCCACGGGUAUGCUUUCUCACAAGAUGAGAAUGGAAUUGUGUCACAGUCUGAGGUGAUUCGAGCAUACGAUACCACAAAGCAGAGACCAGACGAGUGGUGAUGGGACGGGGGCUGCGAGGCAGGGGCUACUAGGGCUCUAAGGAGAGCUCCCAGGUCUUACCGGAUCUGCUGACCAAUUCCAGUCUGGUCCCAGGAGGGGAGAGUGGAUCUGAGCUCAUCUCAUUGAUUGACCGUCAGAUUCGUGUAUAUUACAGACAUAAGCACUGUGCAACUCUACUGUAACACCAUCUCUUUCAGAUUUUUUAAAGUAUUUGCUAAGUCUUUGUAAGCAGAAAUUGAAAAUGACCUUGUUAUCUUGCCAGAAUGCUUUCUUAAACUGAGAACAGGUCAGUAGUCUUAUGCCAUUACUCUGGGGCUGUAACUGACUAUCAAUUUAUUGGAUAUGUACCACAAGGCAACCAACCAUGAAAAAACUCUAAAGUGGUAGUAAUUUAUAGGGACUCUUGAUAUCCAGACUUAGAUUUCAGAAUAUGCUGAAAAAAACCAGCACUCUUCUCUAGGAACUGACUCACCUUCCUGAGCAAAAUUUCUAAACAAGACAUUAACAAGUGUUUGUGUCAAAAAUUGUCUUGAUAAAUGUUUGCCAAAGACAUUCAAUAAGUGUAUUUCUCAUUCAGUAGUCAUUUGCCCAGAAAGUUAAGAGAAAGUUUACCUCCAGCUCUGCUGUAAGAUCUGCAUGCUUGACUUUUCAAAUGUAAGAGUGAUUUGCAAAAACGAGUAUUUCAAGGCAUUUGCUACUAAAAUCCGUGAUGUUGCACCUUUGGCCUUACACAUGCUUCUUUCUUGUUUGUCUUAUUUACUUGUUAACAUUGGAAGACAUUACGUGGCAAUGUGACUCUGUCAUUAUGAUAUUGAUUUCUAAACUAUGUCUCCGUCCUCUCUGAUGAGCGGUCCUCAUCAUUUAGAUUUUUCUAAAAAUCUGGCUUCUGCUGAAGACUGAGUGCUGUCCUUUUAUCUUAAUGUUUUCUCUCUCAAGAAAAAUAUGCUUAGAUAUUUAUGUGAGCUCCCCAGUGCUUGCGUGGAGCUGUUUGGAAUACCACGCUGGAUAACUGCAUGGGCUUUUGUAAUGUACAUAGGCUCGGCUUUUGUCCUGUGUUUGGGAUCUUUCUACUAGUUCCUGCUAGAGAUGCCUGCUGGUGCACAUAGCACACCCCGUGUUCUGGUGACCAUCCCUGUACUUAACCCUGAGAAUUACUUCACAGCUCGCUAGUUAAGCAGCUUCCCCAAAUUAGUCACAUGCUGCUAAUCGGGACAAAUAAGUAGUACAUAGUCCCCAUUUUAAAAACACCUAUUUUACUCCAGCCUAUAACUUUACAGUCAGAGAUACUUCAUCACAAGUAGAUUUUGUUACUAUGUUUUUAAAUGUAUGUUCAGUUUAAUUUUUUUCAGCAUUUCCAAGCCAUCUCCCCAAAAAAUGCCUAUUUUGCUACCAACAAUAAAUGGUGAAGGGGCUGUUUAAAAACCACAACCAGUUUUCUAUACUCUUUUUAAAAUAAUGCCUUCAUUUAAAAAAAUAAAUAGAAAGGCAUUCUAGUUUUCAGAUACACUUCAGAGAUUGAAACUAACUUUUUGCCUUCUAUUCAGAAGCCUGUUUGCCUUUAAGUGGACUUAACCAGCAAAAUAGGUAGAACUUCCUCUUAAAAAAAAAAAAAGAAAAGUCAACUAGAAUUGUGAGGAGAGGUGAUUUUCCAAGUCACUCCUUGAGCUGAAUAAUUUCAUAUUCUUUUUACCCUUUUCCUUCAUCUAGGUUUAAAAUUAGGUGAUAAUGUCAUUUCCUUGUCUGUAUUUUUAGUUGUUUAGUUACAAGUAUGCCUCCCCCAUUUUCUAGAAACAAGAGAGGUUAUCACACAUACAUAAUUCUAAAGGGGGCAAGGAGUUGACACAAUUCACUUCCUAUACCGUUCCCGUUUGGGGUUCAGAAAGAAAAUUGCCAAUUGAAACACCUAGAAAGAGCACAGGUGUAGGAGUCUGAGACCGUCUUCAAAACUCUGAAGGUCACAGAUUUUUGUCUACCGAAGGGAUAUUCAGAACAGCUUUCCUGGGCCUCCCCGUGGCGAGAGUCAAGGUCAAACCACACAAAUCAAAACACAAGAAUGAGGUACAUCCCUCCAGAGAAACACUUUAUCAUGGUCACAGACAAGAGCUGCUUCCCUUGGCCUCCACCUCAUCAGUGGCAUCCUUCCCCCAAAUUUUAAUAUCAAAAUAUGAUGAAUAUAAUAGAACUGAAUCUUCUGGCUUAAAAAAAAAAACAAAGUUUUAUUUUUAUCUUAAAACGUGGAUUAUUUCUAUGGAGCUCUUCAACAUGGGUAGAAUACCCAUGGUUAAUUAAUGCAUGAGACUGUGGUCUGAAAUAUGGCUAAUUUAGGUCUUUUUUGUCCCAUAGUCCUAUUUUUGAAUUAUUAAGUCAAUUCUUUUGCUUCUUGGGUGAGAGAGGGGGGUUGGGCAGCGGGGAGUGACCUCCUUGGUAAAACUUAAAACACAGCAUUGCAAUCGCAGUGACUUUAUAGUGUUAGAGAAAACGCUUCAAUUUUUUAACCUUCCAAAGGUUGGGGGGGCAGGUAAGAGUUUUACCAGGAUUAAAAAGCUGAAGUGACUUUUAACUUUUAUUUUCUGAAAUAAAGGACACAUCCUCUUCAAUUGAAAAGUCCCUUGUAGGGACUUGGACAAAUGCUAACAGCGUCGCUUUACAAUGUUUACAAUUCAGAAAAUACUACUUACGGCAGAAAAAUCCUCAUUCAUUUAACAUUGAAAAGCUGGGAAUUGCUUCUUUAAUGUUGAAUAGUACACAGUGAUAUUGAGCAUGAACUUUCUAAAUGUUUUAUAUAUACCUAUAAAAAUAUAUUGGUGGUUCACACCCAGAAAGAUGCUAUUUGGCAGAAAUUGUUAGUAGAAGGGUGUUUCUCAGGAAUGUAGCAAAUUGAAAAUGAUCUAUGUGCUGCCCACCCUCCCACACCCCAUUCAGUGUCUGACAGUGAGCCUGAUUCAGCAGUGUUGCAAAGUUAGUGGAAAACUUUUUUCUAAUCAAGCCAGGUGAACAUGUAUUCUUAUUCAAUAAUAUUAUUCAUUUACAUGAAUUACACAGUCAUUGAAUGGAUUCAGUAAUUCCUCUUAAUUUUCAGGGGGAACUGUGAAUUCCAGAAAUCUACGUUUAUUCUGAUUAUUAGGUUUUAUAUUUUAAUUUUGCAAUUUAGCAUUCUAAAUAACAAAUAUGAACCUCACAUGAUCAUUUGUUCUGCAUUGUGUGCACUGUACAUCACUUAUAACUUGUCAUUUAAAAUGUUCUUUCAGGAAAUGAAUGCUUAUCUGAAAGUAAUAGAUUGUAUAUUUGUAGUUUUUAAAUUAUUUGUAACAAUGUCCUAAUUAUUACCAUGCUAAAUGAUCAUCAGUGUAUAUUUUUGUGCAGUUGCCCUAUGACAGUUCUUGGUUCUAAAACUUAUUUUAUCCAAUAAGUCUAUAUAUAAUCUUAUGAAUAACCAUUUAUAAAAUUUAUCAAGAAAACGCCCACCCCAUUAACAUCAAGUGGACCAGAUCUGUGGAAUUCUUUUUGUAAAUUCAUGUAAUACCAUGCAGUUUGGUGCCUAAUAAAUGCUUUUUAAUGACGAA